AUAAUAGGAUGAAAUUUCAAAUGUAUCUACUUUAAACUUUUCAGCAUCUAAUAUUCAAUGUUCGAUUUUCAAUUUUCAACUGGGUUUCAGACUUGUCGACUUGGAAUUCUCUAAUGAAUCUCUCAUGUAGUAGAUAUACAGGUUCCACUUGACUAUCCAAUUUAGUAUGAUUCUACCCCAACUCAUUACAUGAACGAUGAUUGAUGAAGCAAAUGAGGUGGGAAAACUGCAGUGCGAGAGUUUUGUCAACAUUUUACCCCAACAGAAGAAAAUUAUAGACGAUUCAAUCCGAAUGUGCAGAUUGAUUUUCAAGGUUCUAUUCUGGAUGUGUGUGGGAUGCUGCUUAUUCUAUACAUUGAGGCCGGUUUACUUGAAUAUUUUAAUUCCGACACAAAUAUGGUGGCCAGUCAAAAUUGAGGCACCUGAUUCGACUGCACGAUACGUGGCUUGGUUUUAUUGCCUAUACUGUGGAAACCAUGGAGUCAUUGCCACCUCUGCAAUUGAUCCAUUUAUAUCUGGAUUGAUAAUCCAUGCAACUGGCCAAGUUAAAAUUUUAAAAGAUAACUUACGUUUUGCUGGUAUUAGAGCUGAAAGUGAAGUAUCUACAUUGCCUGAAGAAAGAAGAACACUAAUGAAGAAAAAGCUCAUCAAUGAGAAACUUCUGCAGUGUGCAAGUCAUUACAACGAUAUAAUUGAAUUCAGCAAAGGUAUACAGCAUCUUCUAUCAACUGCAGUUUUUAUUCAAAUUGGUGGAAGCAGUGUUGUUAUUUGUAUGAUGUGUUACAGUUUAACAUUGGUGGACCUGUAUUCAGUGACUGGUAUAUCGUUCACUGUUUAUAUUGCUUCUAUGCUUGUUCAAAUCUUUGUUUAUUGCUUCUUUGGGAAUGAUUUGAUAGUAGAGAGUAAUGGGAUAACCGAAGCCAUAUAUAUGAGCGAUUGGUAUACCUAUGAUAGUUCUUCAAAAAAAAUUCUGAUUUUGAUCAUGGAACGAGCAAAGAAACCUCUUGUUCAAAGUGCGGGAAACGUUUCUGUCCUCUCACUGCAACUCUUCGUUAUGGUAUUGAAGCAUGCUUAUUCCCUAAUGGCGGUACUCCAAUCUCUAUAAAAAAUAAACAUGGACAAAUCUUUGUGUACAUUUCAAAUGAUUAAAAUCAUGGAAGCA